AUGGAUUUUAGACUUAUAGCUCUAGCUUUAUUUGUCCUUCCGGUGUUUGGUUUACGUGCUGUCCCUGUCAUUUUCGGGUCUCACACCUUGGUGCCUGGACUCAGAGAAGAAGUCAAGUACCCUUACAUUCAGUAUCAAGGUCCACAAAACGUCACCAAUAUGUUGAAGAAAGCAAUCACUGAAUGCUCAUCUGACGCUUACCUCAUUAUCAAUAUUCCAGGGCUCGAGAAUAUCGACAUGCUCGACAGGAAACAAUCGCUUUGGCCCAAUUUGGUCAAGUACAUGCACAUGCUGAGCACCCUAGUAGGAAUGCCGUGGGUGGAGGGCACACUUGAUCUUCUGUUUUUAGAGGCUUACAUUACGAGGACUUGUUCUGCCGAAACGAUCUCUUUAGCUGAGGAGGAUGACGUUUUCGCUGAGUAUGUGGAUACAAGAAAACGCAUUAUCAGGGUCGAAAUGAAUCCGCUCCCGCCUCCAGGCACUGAGAGAGAUGCCGCCAUUCGUGCUGCUGACGAGCUCAUUGACAAGGUAUUAAAGAGAAUACCAUCGCCAUACUACUCGUUUUUGAUCACUUCAAGUGUCACAAGCCCGACUCACCCAAUACCAGAGGUGGCUUUAGAAAACAGUCCACAGGGAUUUAAAUUGUUUUACAGUAUAGUAAACGAUCCACGUCGCGACGAAGAAGUUGAGAGGCACGUAAGAUUGAAAGGAUUGAGUGCGCCACAAUGGAAUGAGGAUAAAGACCCCAUGGCGCUUUAUUUGGAGAGAAGAAAGAAAGACCAGAUCCAUUUGUUCGACUACGAGCUCUGGAGUCAGAAUGAGAGAUUGGUGAGUACGAUAGCGGUGAUGAUUUUGUCGUUGUUUGCUGUGAAGACCCUAGGGGUCGCCAAAAGACUCUUUGGCAGGAAGAAAGUAAAGCUGAGCUAA